UUCCAACAUUGUUCCGCGCGUGUGUUUCGCCUGGCACUGGGAACUAACUACUAAACUUUUCAACUUUUCCAGUUCUCCGCGAAUGUAAGCAGGAGUAUGACAGCGAUAUACUUUAAGGAUACCCUUAUCGUUGAACUGAGGGGUUUCAGUUAAUUUUCAAUGGGCGUUCACAACGUUACAUCAGAGCUUUAUUCCCAACAGCGUUUUUCACCAAAAGAAAUGGGGAGUGAAGACAGGGUGGAUAUUUACACAAUCUGAUUGGUUACUUUAACAAUUACCUAGAUGUGGGCUACAAGUGGGAGAUCGCCUUUUACGUGAAGUGAAAUGAUGGCAACGAUUUGGGGGAGUCCAAACGAAGAGGAUGAGACAAUCUAUUCCAUUAAGACCCAACUUUGCCAGGAUGUGGCCAAUCAGAGCGAGUCCCCAGUCGACACGCCCCUCCCACUGGAGGAUGAGCCCUUCGGGUGGGCGGGGCCAAAGACGCUGCGUCUGCUCCGCACCUCGGCUGGCUUCGGCUUCACACUGCGUCAUUUCAUCGUCUACCCGCCCGAGUCAGCCGUGCACUCCACCUUCAAGGAGGAAGACAAUGAUCACAGAGGGCGACCGCGGAAUAGACUGGAACCAAUGGACACGAUCUUUGUGAAGCAGGUGAAGGAAGGAGGCCCCGCCCACGGAGCUGGCCUCUGCACAGGAGACCGUAUCGUGAAGGUGAAUGGCGAGAGCGUCAUUGGCAAGACCUACUCGCAGGUCAUCUCGCUCAUCCAGGACAGCGACACCUUCCUGGAGCUGUGCGUCAUGCCGAAGGAUGAGGACAUCCUGCAGCUGGCGUACUCCCAGGAUGCCUACCUUAAAGGGCACGACGCCUACAGCGGACACGCUCGUCACAUCCCGGAGCCGCCGUCCAUAUGCUACCCGCGAGUAGACUGUAAACCCCUGGGCAUGGCUGAGGCCGCGGAGACGCCACCCCCAGGGGGCCUUGCGCCUGACCUGGGUUACCGCGUGGAGAUAUCCGUGCCCCCGUCGCCCCCGCCUCGGCUGCCCCUGCCGCAGACGGCUGUGUACGUGUGCAACGACAGCGUGCGGACAGUGGUGGUGGCCCCCCCCGACAUCCACCUGGGGCACGUGGGAGCCGGAAGCAGGGCAGACUACGCUCCUGUCGGCCCGGAGCCGCUCCUGGCGAAGUCCAGGCCCGGCGCAGUCUCCGGCGGCCGACCGCAAUACCUUCACGCUCGCAACGCUGAUGCCUACAUGUCGGGUUACCACGGAGACCCUUACACCGCAGCGCCUAUCCACUACUCUCCGGCCUCCUCCGUCGUCUCGCCUGCCACCCGCCAGAACAUCGACUGGCGGACGUACCAGACCUACAGGGAGUACAUCGACCACAAGGGCCUCCACUCGUACAGCCGGACGAUCCAGGAGCGGCUAGACAGCCUGCGAGCCGCUGCCCAGAGCUCUCGAGGAGCUGGACUCUGCGCGCUGCCGCCCGCCUGGCCCGGCAACCUCCGCCGCAGGAGCACGUCCCAUGAGCGCUCGUACGUGGGGCCGCCCGCACUCGCCCCCCGCAGCGCCUCGCAGGACCGGGCGGGCGGCACGGCACGGCCGCACGACUGGCCUCCUCGCAGCGUGUCUUCGGACGGCCUCCUUCGGAAGCCCCGUGUGCUGAGUCCAGACUACGCCGAGCACGGAGAGCUGGUGCCUCGGCCCGGGGAGCGGAGGGGCUGCGGCAGGGUGGACCAAGGUGGUCGGCCCAGCCGGCAGGCCCUUCCUCAGAGGUCCAUGCUUUAUCCACACGCCGUCACGUACGGGAGCAGCAUCAGGGGAAGGGCUGCUCCGCACCAGCUGAGCUCCAGAACAGAUGUCCCGCCCCCUCCUGUUCCCUCCGAGAGAUUGUCACGUGUUGGCAAAAAUCAGGCCAAAGAGCCCCAGCCAAAGGACCAAAGAGCUGCCAUGAGCAUUCGCGUUUCCGUGCCUGCGGCUGGACAGCAGUCCAGGGUCCGAGCAGAGACGAUGCAGAGCCCGGAGGCGGGGAGGGAGGCGCCGGUGGGGCAGAGGUCUUCCUCCUGCUCUGCCCCUCCCCCUCAGACGCAGCAGGCAGAGGCGCCGUCACAGCGGCCGCACCCGCGGGACCUCAAGGGCUUACCGGUGAACGGGCGCGGCCCGGUGGCAGGUGUGGUCCUGCGGGACAAGUCGGCGGGGAAGAGCGCGUCCCAGCCGCUGCGCCACCCCUCUUACAUCCUGGCCGUGAACGACACCGAUGUGGCAGAGCCAGCAGGGGGCGGCGUGUGCUGGCUGCCCAACGAUGCACGCCGUGAAGUGCACAUGAGGCGGCUGGGUGAGCAGAGGGACUCCUCCGCUUGUUCCAGCAACCUGGACGAGUCGCUCGACUCCAUCCCCUUUAUUGAUGAGCCCGCCAGUCCAAGCGUGGACCGCGGUGGCACCCACAUUCCAGCCUCGGCCGUCAUUUCGUCAGCUUCAGCCGGAGCGACGGACACCCAGAGUCCAAAAACACCCAGCCCCCACAUGCGCCGGCAGCUCUCCCAUGACCAGGAGUCCCUCAGGAAUGCUAUUCUGGAACAAAGUGGAACCAAAAAAGAACGCUCCAAAUCUUACGACGAGGGUUUAGACAACUACAGGGAGGAGGAAGGAGGGCGUUCCAGUAAGUCAAGUCUUAAGGUUUUCAAGAAGGCUUUGGAUGGACACAAGUCCUCCGAUGACUCCUGUUCCAGAAGAGAUUCUUCCUCAGACAUCUUCACGGAUUCCUCCAAAGAGGGCUGGCUGCACUUCAGACAGCUCAUCAUGGACAAGAGCAAACGUGUGGGCGGAGGCAUGCGGCCAUGGAAGCAGAUGUAUGCUGUGCUGCGUGGUCACUCCCUCUACCUGUAUAAGGACAGGAGGGAGGCGCUGGCGCACGUCAACUCCCAGCUGGAGGACGAGCCCCAGCCGGUGAGCGUCAAGGCCUGCCUGAUCGACAUCUCCUACAGCGACACCAAGCGCAAGAACGUGCUGCGGCUGACCACGUCCGACUGCGAGUACCUGUUCCAGGCCGAGGGGCGUGACGACAUGCUGUCCUGGAUCCGUGUCAUCCAGGAGAACAGCAACCUGGACGAGGAGAACGCGGCCGUGACGAGCACUGAUCUGAUCAACAGGAAGAUCAAAGAGUACAUUUCUAUGAGUACUCCCCCCAUUAAGACUGAGCCUUCCCCCAAAGCCUUGCGACAGUCUCUUAGCAUUAAACAGACUCUGCUCGGGGUGACGGGCAACAAGGGCCAAAGCACACACUCCACGAGGACCGAGCAGGAGAGGAACAGCAGAGAUGACUGCAGUCCUCCGAGGGACAAAGCCGCGUGGAAGAGAGGGCUUCCAGGGCUGAAGAAGAAACCGGAGAAAAAGUGCCCUGCGGGGGUCACGUUCGGAGUGCGGCUGGACAGCUGCCCCCCAGCACACAACAACAGGUAUGUGCCUCUGAUAGUGGAGGUAUGCUGUAAGCUGGUUGAAGAGAGAGGCCUGGAGUACACUGGCAUCUACAGAGUCCCGGGAAACAACGCUGCCAUCUCCAGCAUGCAGGAGGAGCUGGACACCAAGGGAAUUAGUGACAUUGACGUACAGGAUGACAAAUGGCGAGAUCUUAACGUGAUCAGCAGCUUGCUCAAAUCCUUCUUCAGGAAACUCCCAGAUCCUCUGUUUACUAAUGAAAAGUACUCUGACUUCAUUGAGGCCAAUCGAAAGGAAGAUGGCGUGGAGCGGUUGAAGGCCCUCAAGUGUCUGAUCCGCGAGCUGCCCGGCCAUCACUACGAAACCCUCAAGUUCCUCUCUGGCCACCUGAAAACCGUCUCUGAGAACUGUGAGAAGAAUAAGAUGGAGCCCCGUAACCUGGCGAUCGUGUUUGGGCCAACGCUGGUCAGAACCUCUGAAGACAACAUGACCCACAUGGUCAAGCACAUGCCGGACCAGUACAAGAUAGUGGAAACCCUCAUUCAGCAUUAUGACUGGUUCUUCACCGAAGACGGAGAUGAGGACCCUGUAGCUGUUGUCGAGCAGGACAGCACGGUGCAGUCGCAGCCCGUCCCCAACAUCGACCACUUGCUGAGCAACAUCGGCCGCACGGCGGCGUCGCCGGGAGACGGCUCAGAUUCAACCGCCAGUGACUCUGCCAAAUCAAAGCAGGGCUACUGGCCUUGUAAGGAGCAGAAUAGCACAGAUCUAGUGCGCGCCUCCAUCUUUGUCAAUCGCAAGCGCAAAAAAACCAACAAGCCUCAGCCUAGCAGCUCAGACGACGACCUGGACGCCGUCUUUUCCAAGAAGGAGCUUCAGGAGGAGAGCGACCCGAACUGGCCCGCCGACGACCAAACUGACGAAGCCGAGAGCGAGGUCGGUGUUGGCAGUCCCCACCAAAGGCCCGAGGAAGGGGAGCCGGGAAAGAGGCUCGUGACCGCUCCAAGGGAUCAGGAGCGGCAAGAGCUCCUGCCCCAGCAGUCCGUGCAGAGCAUCAAACGCAGUAAGUCCCCCAGGCUGAACUACAACACGCAGAUGGCUCGGCAGAACUCUUUCUCGGACCCCAUUUCCAACUUUGACGAAGGCUGUGUCUCAGACCUGGGCACACUGAACAGCACCAGCUCCCAGGCGUCAGUCCCUAGAGCUAGGCAGGGCAGGACCAUGGGCCCCUGGUCAGAGGGCACCGGGGCAGGGGCAGGUCUGGGGGCCGAGGUCUGCUCCAUCACCUCCGACUAUUCCACCACCUCCUCCAUGACGUUCUUGACUGGAGUCGAGUCGAGCGUCCUGAGCCCGGAGGUCCGUUCGGUGGCGGAGAGCCGGGGCGACGAGGCAGACGACGAGAGAAGCGAGCUAGUCAGCGAGGGCAGGCACGUAGAGACGGACAGCGAGAGCGACCUGUCCAUGUUCACCGUGAGCCGAGAGGGCGGGCAGGUCGAGGAGAGCAGCCAACCGGAUGGUAGCACCACGCCUCUGCCAGACGGCCCCGGCAUCCUCCCCUGCCACCGCAUCGUCGCGGGCGAUACACUCGCCCGUAAGAGAGGGAGCCGCCACAAGACGGACAGCGAGUCCUCGGCUGACGGCGCCCUCGCAGACGAGCCUGGCAGGCCGUGCAGGGUGCUGGACAUGGACAAGCCGACCAGUAGCCCACGGCUGGCCCGUAGCGAAUCGGAGCGCACUGAGGCCACCUGGCGGCUCAAGAUCACCGACCGGCUGAAGUGCCGCCUCCGCACCUCUGCCGACGACAUGUUCGGCGUGGGCUCGCAGCGCACCAGGUCCCCAGAGUCGCGCAGCAAACGCAAGACCAACAUCCGCCGUCGUCACACCAUGGGCGGCCAGCGGGACUUUGCCGAACUGUCCGUCGUGUGCGGCUGGCCGGCCCGCGGCACGGAGCUCUCCGCCGUGGACCGCCUGAAGCCCAGGUGCGGCUCACAAGACUUUUCCAUCACGGAGUGGAUCGCCCGCGAGCGCCAUCGCACCAGCAACCCUGAAGUGAGCCUGGCCACCGCAGAACCACCCACCGCCCAGGGCCUGGAGCUGGGCUCCACCCUCGCACCCUCCUGCUCCAAUCCGACACACGUGCUCAACGGAGACGCGCCGCCAGCGGCCUCUCAGAGCAGGAGCCUCAGCUUGGCGUCCGACGCCCACCCACAUAAACUCUCCGGCAGCCAAGUGGUGCGCUCCCGUUUCUAUCAGUAUCUGUGAGAGAGGGCCCGGUGAUCUGCCUGGUUGAAUGCCCGAGACAGUAGGCGUGUGUUUGUAGGGUACUCGCCGUGGGUUGUGAGCUGUGUGAGCGUUUGCGACUGGGUGCCUUUGCAAUCACUAUCUUGGAGGGUGAUUUUUAUACACGGGAAGCAAAGGAAAAUGCCGGGGAGCACGCCAGUUUGACAGCUGUCAGGGUGAGUCGAGUGACAUUUUUCUCGCUCACUCCCACUGACUUCCAGGGUCUUUUCCUCCCUCCAGUGAAAUGACUCACUGACACAGGGUCUCUGUUUAGACCUGGUGAACCACCAGUAUUGCUGAAAGACUUUCUGUUCCACUCGAAUUAGGCUACGAGAGGGUCAUGUUGGAAAGUCAACGUGAAAUGGAGAGAGAGAGAGAGAGAGAGAGCGCCAAAAUGGCAAUGUUCUCAGAGGGAUGACAUGACGAGGCAGGUCAUAGCAGGGCUGAACGUGAUGUUGAAGAGAAAAGACUGUAGUGUCAAAGUAUUGCUAAAGACUUUUUUUUGUUGUUGUUGAAAGCGUAAGGUGGUCUCAAUCAUGAUUGGUCCUCCUAUAACCAAAAUGAAGAAUGUAUCUUAUCUGCUUGCUGUAAUACUUACAAAAAAAGCAUAGUUGUACAUGUUCUCAUUUGUAAGUGUACAUAGCCCCCUUUCCCCCUCUGUACUUGAAAUGUUUUGCUUCCCCCCACUGGCUGUUUCUGGACCUGUUUUAUGGACCGCUUUGUGCGCUGUGAUGUGGGAUAGUGUUUAUUUUUACGAUGAAAAGAACUCAAUUGAUUUCACACCGAUCUGAAGGCGUGCCAAACACCUCUCUGAUGCAACAUCCUGCGAGUCCUAUGUAUUCUUACCAUCAGUUCAUGCAAAAAAAAAGAGGUUUUAAGAAAAUAUAAAAAAGUUGGGAUAAGGCUGGGAUACGUGACUGGACAAGGGGAGCUCUAUGGUCCUGUGUCAAUGAGUGUCCCAUAUCUUUCUUAUUCACUAACGUACUGUGAAAGGUCAAGAGAUUCCUAGUUCACCUCAGUGGCUUUCCAGGCCUAACAGAUGGGGGAGGGGUGGGGGUCACACAAGCUUCCUUUCCAUAGGCAUUCCACUUUGGUCUUAACAUGUUUUUUACCAUUUUAAUUUCAUUUUCUCAAUUGGUAUUUUUAACCUGACUUGAAUUUUAAAUAUUCCUGUAAAAAUAACUUAAAUGUACAUAUCUAUUCCUUCUUUUAGCAUCUUUCCUCACGUUCAUUACUUUAGUUUCUUCUGCAAGUAUUGUAUGAUACUAGCAUGUAGAUAGGGGACCGGCCAGGGCAAGAGGACUUGACCAUGCUCAUCUCUUGAGGGGGGACAUGGAUCUCCCUUCUCUGUGUGUUGGGGGGCGAAACAUAUGCUUCCUCGACUGUUUGUAUCAUGCUGUGUCCACUCCAGCAAGUGGAGGUAUUUUCAAAACACUGGAAAAAUAAAAUGUUAUAUGUCUAACAAAGAA